UUUGCUGCAUGCGAGUCGGCUGCGGGGCCUGCGAAGGAAGGGAGGUGGAAACGUGCCAGAGGAGAAUCGCUCAAGAAAAACUGCUCUGCAAAACCGAUCUGGAUGUCGCCGCCCUUGAGGCAGCGGAGAGCCCAAGAAGUGGAAGCGAUCGGCUCUCCCCCUCUCCGCCCAUCCUGGCACCACCCCUGGCAAGAGGGAGAGAUGAUCAGAUCCCUUAAAAUACACACACGCACGCACCUCCCCCCACUGCGCUACCGAAGCGAAAAUGAAAGUGCAGCAGUACUGAAAGUGCAUCAAUAGCCGCGCCUCGCCUCUCCAUCCCUGCAUUUGGGGGGAAUCGUUCACCGGCUCCUUCCACUGCAGUGGUCUCCCGAAGGGCUUUCCACCGUAACGACACACCGGGCCAGCCAGGAUGACGGAGCCCAUCUGUCUGGUGGAGUCGUCACUUCGUGUGAACCCAGCAGCCUUGGCCUUGCUCAGAAAGGUCACCGGCCCACUCCAUGUAGUAGGCAUCUUUGGACCCAAAGGCACUGGGAAGUCCUUCCUCAUGGACCAGCUGGCGGAGCAGAAGAAAGGCUUUGGUGCCACGCCAGGGAUUUGGAUGCAGCUGCUGCCGCACCCAACCAAGCGAGAUGAAACCCUGGUGUUGCUGGAUACCGAGGGCCUCCCUGAGCAAAUGGAGGAAGAGGAGGAGGAGGCCUUCUCUAGGCUCUUCUGCUUGGAUGUGCUUCUCUGCAGCAUCUUCAUCUAUAACACCAAAUGUGACGGAGAGCCACAGACGGAGCUUGAUCGGUUGAUAUGCGUGAGGGAGCUGGCCAACAAGGUGCGCAUCCUUGAAGACUGUCCUUCGGAGAACAGCUUCCUGCUUAGCAGCAUUCUGCCUGAGUUUGUUUGGUGCCUUCGAGAUGUGGCCUCCGACUCUGUUUGGGAAGAGAUACUCCAAACCACAAACCACAACAUGGAUAUCCUCCUCUCUCCCACUGCAGAUUCGGAAGACACGCCAGCCAAUUGCAUACAGAGGCUGUUUCCCUCUCAGAAGGCCUUCUGCUUCCGUUCCCCACAUGUGGAUGAAUAUGUUAGGGAGCUUUUCGAAUCACACACGCCGCAUCCCAUUUUCCAGAAGCAGCUUGAGGCAUUCAAAGAGUAUAUCCUGAGCAAAGGUCCUAAGAGGUGCGUCAACGGGGAAAUUUUGUCUAGCCGUCUGGAGCAGUUUGUGGCUGCGUUGUCUCGGAACGAACCUAUCCUUCUGGAGGCUGUUUUGGAAGGCUCAGAAGCAGCGUUCACAUGGGAAGACUAUGAGAGUUUUGCGGAGCCCAUAGCAGAUUUCCCUGGGGCAGCCCCAGAAAGAAGAGAGACUCCAGGAAUCUCCCUGCCCUCUGUGUGGGAACCCAAGUCCCCACUGGUUUCCAAGCAUUUUUUGCCUCCUUCCUGGACGUUCACUUCCACAGCUGAGGCAAACGAUAUGAAGGAACCAAUGUGCUUCAUAGAGAACAACCCUGGAAAAAAGCUGCAGGUCAACCAAGAAGCCUUGGAGAUCCUAAAGAACAUCCAGCAGCCCGUGGUGGUGGUGGCCAUCGUGGGACUCUACCGCACCGGCAAAUCCUACCUCAUGAACAGGCUGGCAGGAAAGAACAAAGGAGGUUUCUCUCUGGGGGCCACCGUGCAAGCCAACACCAAGGGCAUCUGGAUGUGGUGUCGUCCACACCCCCUAAGGCCUGACCACACCCUGGUGCUGUUGGAUACGGAAGGGCUGGGUGAUGUCGAGAAGAGCAACCCGGAGAACGACUCCUGGAUAUUUGCCCUCUCUGUUCUACUUUGCAGCACCUUUGUCUACAACAGCAUGGGCACUAUUAACCACUAUGCUUUGGAGCAACUACACUUCGUGACCGAAUUGACUGAGCAUAUCAAAGUGAAGGCCUCAGCCAAGAAGAGCUGUGAAAGAGAGGACAGGAUUUCAGACGCUUUCGCCUGGUUCUUCCCGACCUUCGUCUGGGUUGUGCGGGACUUCGUGCUGCAGCUGGAGUUGGAGGACGGACGUUCUAUCACCGAGGAUGAAUAUCUGGAGAACUCCUUGCAGAGGAGGAAAGACACCACUGAAAAGCAGGACCUUCCCAAGAAAUACCUGCGGCAGUAUUUCCCCGUCCGCAAGUGCUUUGUCUUUGACUGCCCGGCCCCACGGAAAAAGUUGAAGAACUUGGAGGAUCUGCCUGAAUCAGAGCUGAGCCCAGAGUUCUUGGAGCAAGCACGUUCUUUCUGCCACUACAUUUUCGAGAAUGCUCAGGCCAAAGUGGUCCAGGGAGGACGUUUGGUGACCGGCGCAUUCUUGGGGAAGCUGGCGGAGACCUACGUGGACGCUAUCCGCCGUGGGGCCGUCCCUUGCGUUGAAAACGCCGUGCUGGUCUUGGCUCAGACGGAGAACUCGGCCGCCGUGGGCGACGCUAUGCUGCGCUACGAGGCGAUGGUGGAUCUGCUCUUGACGCUGCCUACGGAGGAUAUGGCUGAGUUGCUGGAAGUGCACGCCCGCUGCGAGGAGGAGGCCAUUCAAGUGUUCAUGGACCGGGCCUUCAAGGACGAGGGGCAAGAGCACCAGAGAAAACUGAUGAACCAGCUGCGGUUGAAGCUGGAGGAACUCUGCCAUUGGAACGAGCAGGCGUCCUGGGAUCGCUGCCAGGCUGUGCUCACUGAACUGUUCCAGCAACUGGAGGACAAGAUCGCUAGUGGGAACUACUCAGUACCCGGAGGCUACCAGCAGUUCAUGGAAGACCAGCAGCAAAUUGUGACGAUGUAUCACAUGGUGCCUGAGAAAGGACUCAGGGCUUCUGAGGCCCUGCAAGAAUUCCUGAAAUCGAAAGAGACAGCAGCCAAGUCCAUUCUGCAGGCUGACCAGAACCUCACAAACAAACAGAAGGAGAUUGAAGCGGAGAAAGCCCGGGCCGAGGCCUCCAAACAGGAGGCUGAGCUGCAAAGGAGAUUGCAACAGCAGACCGAGCAGAUGGCCCGGGAGAAGGAGCGGAGUUUUGAGGAGCACAAGAGGCAGUUAAUGGCCAAGAUGGAGGAGGAUAGGAUGAAACUCAUAGCUGACCAUGAGAAAAUCCUGAGCCAGAGGAUCCAGGAGCAGAGCCGGCUUCAGAAGGAAGGGUUCCAUCAAGAAGUUUCCAGGCUUCAGGGUGAGAUCCAAAGCCUGCGUGCCAGUAUUAGUCAAAACAGGAGUAGUGGUCCCACCUGUGUGAUCUCUUGAGAAUGGCCAAGGACAAGCGAAGGCCUUCUAGGUCAUAGCACCUCCAUUGUGGAAGUCCCUGCCUUCGGAGGUGUGUCGGGCAAAGCAUCUUGGGGGGCCACAAAUUGCCCACCCCUGAUCUAACUGUUGGUUUGAAUUUUUUUAAUGUAUUGUUUUAUUUAGUAUAGGCGUUUGCAUUCUUAUUUUUAUUUGUAAACCACUUUGUAAUUUUUUACGAAGAGUGGUGCACAAGUUCAUUCAAUCAAUAAACAGUCCUUCUGGAAUAUUUACUCAGAAGUAAAUUCCACAUAAUUCAAUGGGACUUGCUUCUAGGGACGUGAGCAGAGAGAACUACAGCCUAUUAUGAGAACAAAUGCAGAAUGAGAAUGAAACAUGCAAAAUGUGUGGUUGUUUGUUUUUUGCAGAAAUUAUAAAUAAAAAUAACUUGCACCUUUGGGCA